AUGAAGGAAAUUAUUUAUGUAAAGAAUAAAGAAAGAAAAAGUAUUAUAAGCAAUGUUCGCAUAAAGGCUCAAAAAUUAGACCAAGAUGAAUAUGAAAUAUCUAGAAACGAUUGUAAAGAAUUCAUAAGAAUAGUUAAAAGAUAUACUAUAGAAUGCAUGUUUGAAGAACACUUUAUAAAUAAAAACACAAAAGAAAAAGAAAUCAAUGCUGACGAUUUAAUUUCUAUAAUUUCAACAAAAAAAAAAAGAUGUUUCUAUAUACCUAUAGCUAUCUAUAUAGGCAAAAGCAAUGAGCUUGAUAAAUACGAAAAAUAUUUGAAGAAAGAACAAAAUAAGAAUGAAGAAAUUAAAAAAAAAGAUAAAGAAAAUUUAAAGAAACAAUAUGAAAUAGAUAAGAAAAGAAAAGAAGAAAAUGAAAUGAAAAGAUACGUUUCUAUAGAUUCCAUUUUGGAAUUAUAUGAAAAAGAUAAGAUUGAAAAAAAAGAAGUUUGUGAUCAUUUACAAAAGAAAUUAUCAUGUCAUAAAAUUAAGAAUGACAUAAAUAAAAUUGAUAUAAAUAAUGAUAAUAUUUUGAUAUCUACAGAUAAUGAUAUAGUUAAGGAUGUAGAUAAUACUCCUCAACAAGAAAAAAUAGAAAUAGAACCUGACAUGAAAGAGAAUGAUAAAACAAAUUAUAAAAAUGAACAAGCAAUGUUAUCAAAUAUAAAAGACAAAAGUGAUGGAAACACAAAGGAUCAACUUUGUGAUUAUAAAAAAUUAAAAAUUGAGAAUAAUAAAAAACAUAAAAAUAAAAAUAAAAAAAAUAAAAAUAAUAUAAAUCCAAAAGAAGAUAACAAUGAAAAUAUGAUCAAUGAUCCUAAGAAUUUCAUAUGUAAUACAAAAAAUAAUAAUCAUAAUAAUAAUGAUGAAAAUUUCUCAAACAAAAAAAAAACAGCAGCAACAGCAACAACAACAACAACAACAACAAACAUACAUACAACAAAUGAUAAUAAUAUCUCAGAAGAUAAGAAGAAUUAUUAUAAUAGAUUAUUAAAAAAAGUUGAAGAUACAAUAGAAAGAAAUUGUAUGAAUAAAAAUAGGGAGAACAAAAAAUAUUUGAAAUCUUUUCAUAUGGUUUCUUAUUAUAAACUAAAUGAGUUAAUUUAUAUUUCAUUCUUAAUCAGAAAGUAUUACAAUCAUUAUUAUGAAAAAGAAUUAUACGAUAUGGUUGAUACAUUUGAAGACAUUCAAAAUAAUAAAAAAGAAAAUAUUCAUAAAGAAAAUAUAGAACAAAACAAAAUAUAUAAUAAACAUUUUACAAAUAAGGAUAUAGUAAAUGAUCCUAAUAAUCAUACAGAUAAUAAUUCAAAUAAUAUGAUACAUUUUAAUAAGAAUGAGAAUAUAAUAUAUAAAGAUAUUUUUAAAAAACUAGAUGAGGAAAGAAAACAAAAAAAAAAUAAUAUCUAUAAUGAUUAUGCUCACAAAUAUAUACACAGCGAUAUGUUAAGUAAUUAUCAGUUUUUUCAAAAUAAUAUGUAUAAAAUAAUUAAACCCGUCUUAUAUAAUUUAAAUAUAUUUUUUAAUCAAAAUGUUAUAAAGGAUAUAAAUAAAAUUAUUCAAAAAUAUGAUACGGUUAUUCAGGAUAUACAUGAAAUUUGUAGAAAGAAGGAAUAUGAAACAAGGAUGAAUGAAGGAUUCCAACAGAGUGAGAGACAUAAAUUAAAUUAUGAAAAAGAAGAUGACAUAAAAAAUAAUGUUGACAUCACAAUGAGUGACAUAAAAAAAAAUGUUGACAUCACAAUGAGUGACAUAAAAAAUAAUGUUGACGUCACCAAAAAUAAUGUCAAAGAAGAUCGAGAUAAAAAACUACAAAAAAAUAUACAAACCAAUAUACAUAACAAUGAUAAUAAUAUAAAUCCUAAAAAAGUUCAGAAUAGUAACAAAUAUGAGGUUAAAGAAAAAAGAAAUUAUAAUAGUGGAGAUGAUAAAAAUAAAGAGGAAGAACAGUGUAUUAAUCAUUUAGAUCUUCACAAUCAAGGUGAUAAACACAUAACGAAAAUAUAUAAUAAACCAAAUGACAUAGUCGAGAUGAAUGAAAAAAGAAAAGGGAAUGUAUUAUUUAAAAAAGAAGAUGAAGACGAGAAUUAUAUAAAUAAGUCAAAGAAACAAUGUAAUAACAUUACAAGUACAUUUAAAAUUAUGGAUGCUUCAUCAAAAAAAAAUAUCACAAAUAAUAAUUUAAAUAACAUAUCGAAGAGACCUAUAAGAAGAGGUGUUUAUCCUUUAACAUCAUAUAUUGAAACAGAAUCCUUCAAAGUUAUGAUAAUAAAAAAAAAAAAAAAAAAAAAAGAUUCUUAUCAAUCUACAAAUUAUAAUUCAGAUUCAUAUAUAUUUUCAACUAUAUGUGACAACCUUAAAGAUGAUAAUAAUAAAUUUCAAUCAGAUACUUCUAUAAAUUAUUUAAAUAUAAAAUAUAGUAAGGAAGAAUUAAAUACUUUGAACAAUCGCAAUUUUAUUUAUUAUAUAACAAACGAUAUUGAAACACUUGGUAUAUAUAAAAAAAUUUAUUUUUAUGAUUUCUUUUUUAUAUAUUUAUUAAGGAAAUUAUUCUGGAAUAUUUUUUCAUUAUAUUAUUUAUAUUUACAAAAUUAUAAUGAUAAAGGAGAAGAAAAAAGAAAAAAAAAAAAAAAAAAGAAAAAAGAAAAAAUGAAACAAAAUAUAAUAAACAAUGUAUAUAUGCCAUCUAUAUCAUCAUCAUCAUCAUCAUCAUAUGAUGAAAAUAAUAUUGAUACAGCUCAUAAAAAUAAUAAUCAAUAUAAAAUUAAAAAAAUUUAUAGUGAUCAUCUAUUGUUAUAUGAAAGUGACAUAAGCCUUAACAACUCACAAAUCAAUAAGGACUAUCUUUAUAAUACAAAUAAAUUGUUACAUGACGAUUUAAAAAUAUUAUUUAACUUAAUAAAGAAACAAAAAUUUUUAAUAUAUUUUAGAUAUGAUCAAAAUAAAAAAAUUAAAAGUAAAAAUAAAACACAAUAUGUUUAUAGGGAUAUAUGGAUAUAUCUAAUUUUAAAGGCUCUCAAAAAAAAAAAUGACAGUACCAUUUUCAAUGAAUUUAUAUUCUUCAAAGAAAUGAAAUAA